CGCUAAGGGGACCCUUGCCUAGGGGAAGGGGUGGGGACGGAGGUGACGACUCGGUGCGCGACCGCCGGCCCUUUCGGAGCGCCGCUAGCGCGGCCCUAGUGACAGGUUCUUUAAUGGAGCAGUCAGUCUAUCAGCAGCCCUGGUUUCAUCUCAUGAUCUUCAGGCUCCAGCCCGAAGCCAACUAAACACCCCACUGGCGAGGCCCGGAGUAGUUGGCCACCCUCACUAUGUUGGAUUUUCUAGCUGAGAACAACCUCUGUGGCCAGGCAAUCCUGAGGAUUGUUUCCUGUGGCAAUGCCAUCAUUGCUGAACUUCUGAGGCUCUCUGAGUUUAUUCCUGCUGUGUUCAGGUUAAAGGACCGAGCUGACCAACAGAAAUACGGCGAUAUCAUAUUUGAUUUCAGCUAUUUUAAGCUGUGGUCCUAAAUCGCUAUGAAUUCCCAUUCACAAGACCCUAUUCUUAAGAGCAUGAAGGACCAUGAAUUAGUAGACCAGAAUACCUGAUAUUCUGCCUUGUUGUUAAAUAGUCUUUACUUUUCUUCUUCAAAAAUGUUAAAGUUUCCAUUAUCAGUGAAUGACUUGCUUUCCAGAUACCUAGAUGACCUCAGUGAAGGUGUUUAUAUUCAGCAAACUUUAGAAACUGUGCUUCUCAAUGAAGAUGGAAAACAACUUUUAUGUGAAGCGCUGUACUUAUAUGGAGUGAUGCUGCUGGUCAUCGACCAAAAGAUUGAAGGAGAAGUCAGAGAGAGAAUGCUGGUUUCUUACUAUCGAUACAGUGCUGCCCGAUCUUCUGCUGAUUCAAAUAUGGAUGAUAUUUGUAAGCUGCUUAGAAGUACAGGUUAUUCCAACCAACCAGGAGCCAGAAGACCACCCAACUAUCCUGAGAGCUAUUUCCAGAGAGUGCCUAUCAAUGAAUUGUUCAUUAGUAUGGUCAUUGGUCGACUCAGAUCUGAUGAUAUUUACAACCAGGUCUCCGCGUACCCGUUGCCCGAGCAUCGCAGCACUGCCCUGGCAAACCAAGCUGCUAUGCUAUACGUGAUUCUCUACUUUGACCCUUCCAUUCUGCACACCCAGCAAGCAAAGAUGAGAGAGAUAGUGGAUAAAUACUUUCCAGAUAAUUGGGUAAUUAGUAUUUACAUGGGCAUCACAGUAAAUCUAGCAGAUGCUUGGGAACCUUACAAAGCUGCAAAAACAGCUUUAAACAAUACCCUGGACCUUUCCAAUGUCAGAGAACAGGCAAGCAGAUAUGCUACUGUCAGUGAACGAGUGCAUGCUCAGGUGCAACAAUUUCUGAAGGAAGGCUACCUAAGGGAGGAGAUGGUUCUGGACAACAUCCCAAGGUUUCUGAAUUGCCUGAGAGACUGCAACGUUGCUAUCCGAUGGCUAAUGCUUCAUACGGCAGACUCAGCCUGUGACCCAAACAACAAACGCCUUCGUCAAAUCAAGGACCAGAUUCUAACAGACUGUAGGUACAAUCCCAAGAUCCUCUUCCAGUUGCUGCUAGAUACUGCACAAUUUGAGUUUAUACUCAAAGAGAUGUUCAAGCAGAUGCUUUCUGAAAAGCAAACCAAAUGGGAGCAUUUUAAGAAGGAGGGCUCGGAGCGAAUGACUGAGCUUGCUGAUGUCUUUUCGGGAGUGAAACCCCUAACCAGAGUGGAGAAAAAUGAAAAUCUUCAAGCUUGGUUCAGAGAGAUCGCGAAACAAAUCUUGUCUUUAAACUAUGAUGAUUCUACUGCUGCAGGCAGAAAAACUGUGCAACUAAUCCAAGCUUUGGAGGAGGUAAGGAGAGUCUUCUUCAAUGACGGUUCUUAGGUCGUGAAUCAUACUCUUGGACCCACCCAGCAAUUUACUUCUUUUCUUUUUUUUUCUGGAUAGCUGAAUGGAAUCUUAACAGCCUCUAAUUGUUAGCAUAAUGUUAGGGGUUUUAGAGAGACUGAAGACUGGGAGAUGAAAGACAGUUUUACAUCCAUCAUGCAAGAGAGCAUAAGGGUAAACCCAUCCAUGGUUACUAAACUCAGGGCUACAUUCCUGAAGCUUGCCUCUGCUCUUGACCUGCCCCUUCUUCGCAUCAACCAAGCAAAUAGCCCCGACCUUCUCAGUGUGUCUCAGUAUUAUUCUGGCGAAUUGGUGUCCUACGUGAGAAAGGUUUUGCAGAUCAUUCCAGAAAGUAUGUUUACUUCUCUUCUGAAGAUCAUAAAGCUUCAGACCCAUGAUAUCGCUGAAGUGCCUACCCGCCUGGACAAAGACAAGCUGAGGGACUAUGCCCAGCUUGUCCCACGAUACGAGGUUGCCAAGCUUACUCAUGCUAUUUCCAUUUUUACUGAAGGCAUCUUAAUGAUGAAAACGACUUUGGUUGGCAUUAUCAAGGUGGAUCCAAAGCAGUUGCUGGAAGAUGGAAUAAGGAAGGAGCUAGUUAAACGUGUUGCUUUCGCCCUUCAUAGGGGAUUGAUCUUCAACCCUCGAGCCAAGCCAAGUGAGUUGAUGCCCAAGCUGAAAGAGUUGGGGGCUACCAUGGAUGGAUUCCAUCGUUCUUUUGAAUACAUACAGGACUAUGUCAACAUUUAUGGUCUGAAGAUUUGGCAAGAAGAAGUUUCUCGUAUUAUAAAUUAUAACGUGGAGCAAGAGUGUAAUAACUUCUUAAGAACAAAGAUUCAAGACUGGCAAAGUAUGUACCAGUCCACUCAUAUUCCAAUACCAAAGUUUACCCCUGUGGACGAGUCUGUAACAUUUAUUGGUCGACUCUGCAGAGAAAUCUUGCGGAUCACAGACCCAAAAAUGACAUGUCACAUUGACCAGCUAAACACUUGGUAUGAUAUGAAAACUCAUCAAGAAGUGACCAGCAGUCGCCUCUUCUCGGAAAUCCAGACCACCUUGGGGACCUUUGGUCUGAAUGGCUUAGACAGGCUUCUGUGCUUUAUGAUUGUAAAAGAGUUACAGAAUUUCCUCAGUAUGUUUCAGAAAAUUAUCCUGAGAGACAGAGCUGUUCAAGAUACUUUAAAAACCCUCAUGAAUGCUGUCAGCCCCCUAAAAAGUAUUGUAGCAAAUUCGAAUAAAAUUUAUUUUUCCGCCAUUGCCAAAACACAGAAGAUUUGGACAGCUUAUCUCGAGGCUAUAAUGAAGGUACGUUACAGCGUGCAGAAUGAGUUGUUCCUCAUCGGGCUCGUUAACCUCUCCGAAUGUCUAGUGUUUAUUAGUAUUUCGGUUUUUUGUUGUUUUUUUCUUCCUUCAUUUAGGGCUCUCCUAGCAGAUAUUGAGGCCCACUAUCAGGACCCUUCACUUCCUUACCCCAAAGAAGAUAACACACUCUUAUAUGAAAUCACAGCCUAUCUGGAGGCCGCUGGUAUUCACAAUCCACUGAAUAAGAUAUACAUAACAACAAAGCGCUUACCUUAUUUCCCACUUGUCAACUUUCUAUUUUUGAUCGCCCAGUUGCCAAAACUUCAGUACAACAAAAACCUAGGAAUGGUCUGCCGAAAGCCUGCUGACCCUGUUGAUUGGCCGCCGCUUGUCCUGGGACUGCUCACUCUGCUGAAGCAAUUUCAUUCCCGGUACACUGAACAGUUCCUGGCACUGAUCGGCCAGUUUAUCCGCUCCACAGUGGAGCAGUGUACAAGCCAGAAGAUACCUGAAAUGCCUGCAGAUGUUGUGGGUGCCCUUCUGUUCCUGGAGGAUUAUGUUCGAUACACAAAGCUACCCAGGAGGGUUAGUGAUAGAUAGUAAAGAACAAUAUUAAUGACCUUUUUGUAAAAAGAUGGUAACAGUAG